UGACAGUCACGCCGCCAAAGGAGGACGCGUCACUGAGCACUGUACGCGUACACAUUUACCAUCUUUCUUCAUCUCACCCGUUUCUCGUUUUCAUCAUGGUACGUCUACCCAGCACACUAUGGGCCGCCGCUCACCUCUCUUAGUCGAUAAUGGAAUAUAACGGUGGCUCCGUCAUAGCUAUGGUCGGAAAGGACUGUGUUGCCAUUGCGUCUGACCUGCGCCUUGGGGCUCAAGCCUUGGGUAUCUCUUCCAAUUUUCAAAAGAUAUUUCCAGUAACGGACCGCAUAUAUGUUGGGCUUCCCGGUCUGGCGAGUGAUGUAACCACACUACGGGAGAGAUUUAGAUACAGGGUCAACAUGUACACCAUCAAGGAAGAACGCGAAAUCGAGCCCGAGACGUUCGCCCAUCUUGUGUCGUCUACACUAUACGAACAUCGAUUUGGACCAUACUUCAUCGAACCCGUUAUGGCUGGUCUUUCCAAGACACCUUCAGGUGGCUUGAAGCCUUUCAUCGCAGCCACCGACCUCAUUGGAUGUCUAAACUUUGCUAAAGACUUUGUGGUCGCUGGAACUGCCAGUUCCAAAUUAUAUGGUGUUGCAGAGGGUCUAUGGGAGCCUGAUUUGGAGCCUGAGGAUCUGUUCGAGACGAUAUCGCAGACGAUUUUGAAUGCGUUGGAUCGUGAUGCAUACUCGGGCUGGGGCUGCAUAGUGCACGUCAUCACCAAGGAUAAGGUCGUUUCACGUACACUCAAAGGGAGAAUGGAUUGAUUCCGAUGUUGUGUACAGUAUAUACAAAUUCGACUUCGUUACACCUCCAUUCGGAAA